GGCAGGUUGUAAAUUUCUUUUCUAAAAGGCGUCUACAAGUUUAACAAGGCAUCUGUGCGACAGACCAUAUCAGAUGAAAGACAGGAAGUAGGCUUGGCCUUUAUUUUCAAAUGAGCGCUCAUUCAUUAUUCAGCAUAGUUUUAUAACAGACAACACUGGAAAAACAAGACUUGACUUCAUUGUAAUCACAGCAGCUUUGAUUUUAUUUAAGGUCGACAACAUGAAGAUCGCAUCUUUUAACAUCCAACGUAUGGGUCCAAGCAAACUGUCGGACAAAAAAGUAGUCAAAACUCUCAUCAAGAUCUUCUCCCGGUAUAGUAUAGUCAUUGUCCUGGAGGUGGUGGAUAAACAGGGGAAAGCCAUCAACCAGUUCUUGAACGAGCUCAACAAAACUGGAGCUAAUAAGAACAGUCCGUUCAAGAUGGUGGGAAGCUCUAGACUGGGGCGGACGCUCUACAAGGAGCAGUUUGUCUGCUUCUACAGAGAAGCUGAUGCUAAACUGCUCAACACAUACCAAUAUGAAGACAACCAAGUGGGUGAUGAAGAUGCUUUCUCUCGGGAGCCGUUCAUUCUGCGUUUCCAAUGUAAAAACACAGUGAUGAAAGAUUUGGUGCUGAUCCCUGUCCACACAAAGCCCAAAGACUCGCAGAAGGAACUGGAUGAACUGUAUGAUGUCUUUGUGGAAGUCAGAGAUAAAUGGAAGACUGAUAACGUCAUGAUCCUUGGCGACUUCAACGCAGACGGUGCUUACGUCUCCAAGAAGAAGAUGAAGGCCAUCAGAAUCCGCACCGAUACCGAUUUCCACUGGCUGAUUGGAGAUGAUGUUGACACCACCGUCAAAACGACCAACGACAACACCUACGACAGGAUUGUGGUGUAUAAAGAGGACAUGCUUGAGGCUGUCGUGCCAAGGUCUGCAAAACCGUUCAACUUCCAGGAGGCCUACAAACUCACAGAAGAAGAGGCUCUGGAUGUCAGUGACCAUUAUCCAGUGGAGGUGACUCUAAAGAAGAAACCUGCAGCAAAGGCCACCGGCAAAACCAAGAAACCACAGAAACGCAAAGCAUGAUGGGAUCUUAAAAUGUGCUGAUACUCAAGUUUAAGAGAUGCUACCUCUUUAAAAGGCCAACUUGAGUUUAAAAUCAUUCAUUCUUUAACAUACAUUUUAAUUUACAUUUUAUAUACAUUACUUGCAUUCAAAUGAUAGUUCACCUCCAUAAUUUAAAAGUAAAAAUUCUGUCAUCAUUUACUCCUUCUCUUGUUCCAAUCCUGUUUGAGUUUCUUUCUUCUAUUGAAAACUAAAAGAAGAUAUUUUGAAGGAUGUUGGAAACUGGUAACCACUGACGUCCAUAGUACUUUGUUUCGACUAUGAAGAAUGUUGGAUGUAAAAACACCAUUGAAUUUAAUAGUUGAAACAAAAUAUACUGUGGAAGUUGGUGGUUACCAGUUUCCAACAUUCUUCAAAAUAUCUUAUUUUGUGUUCAACAGUUGAAAAACAAAUCAUAAAAGUUUAAAACCACUUGAGGGCGAGUAAAUGAUGAGGAUUUUUUUCAUUUCUGACUGAACUGUUGCUUCAAUAUUCCAUAUUCCCAAAAAUAAACAUCAAAUAUCAAAACAAACUUGUGAGCUUUUAUUUUAUGUCAUAUUUUCCCCUCCAAAAAGCUGCAGAAUUUCAUUGCUUUUAAUGCUUAAAGCAUGAAUAAUUGUUUACUUUGCAUAGCUGAAAAACACCAAUUACAAUGCCAGCAGAUGAAUUUUAGAAAUCGCAUUUUAACAAAGGAACUAGUCAUGUACAAGUGAUGACCUGGCAACCAAUCAAGCGAUAUCAAAUACCACUGAUGAUGAUGACAACAAUGCCUUAAAGGCAUAGUUCACCCAAAACUGAAAAUUCUGUCAUCAUUUACUCACCCUUCAUUUGUUUUAAACCAGUUUGAGUUUCUUUUUUUUUGACGAACAAAAAAGAUUUUUUGAAAAAUGUUGGGACUUAUUGUCAUGAACUGGACAGAAUACGAAGUCAGAAUUUGCUCAAACAGAAAGUUUAUAAACAAACAAAGGCAGCUUCCGUUCGUCUGUCAUCGAAGGUUAACGUAGGCUGGUUUUACGGCCACAGAAAGCUUCUCUCUCUAGACCCGAGCCGAGGGGGUUCUAAAAGGACUUUAAGCAGGGAGAGGUCUCCUGUAGUGGUGCGGAUGCUGGUGCUGGCGAGCACGGGGGGUUGAUGAGGUCGGACUCCACCAGCCUGAUCUCACGAGAAAACGGAAGUAUUUUAAGUUUUGGCAGUUUAGUGGCUAAUUCGUAUGAAUUCGUACGAGUUCAGUCGUAAGAAAUUGUAAGAUUUUAAAAAGGAGGCGUGGCACCUAACCCCACCCCUAAACCCAACCGUCAUUGGGGGAUGAGCAAAUCAUACUAAAAUGUAUGAAUUAGAUCGUACGAAUUAGCCACUAAAUGAAAAAGUUACGAAUUGCCAUGAGAUUGUGUUGGACUCCACACAGUGGUGUAGCUGCGCAGAUCACAGGUAUGGCAAUAGAUGGUUACUUAAACGAGACUGGACUAGACUUAGACAAGGAUUCAUUGAAGAAUGGAUUUAUAGUUAGCGAAGUCUCACGCAAAGUGUACAGAAAAUCAAACACAAUAAUCUGGCAAACAGCUUCACAAAAGGGCAGGCAUACAUAGAGGGGGAAAUCAGAUGAAAAGAGCUACAGGUGAGUAAUGCGUGCGCUCAAGAGCUGAUCGUGAAAGGAAACAGCUGAGACAGAGAACAGACAGGAUAGAGGAGCCCAGAUUAAACCUGGCCCAUGACACUUAUUGACUUCCAUAGCGUUUGAUUUUCUACUACAGAAGUCAACAGUUACAGGUUUCCAACAUUCUUCAAAACAUCUUCUUUUGUGUUCAACAUAAAGGUUUAAAGCACACAAGGGUGAUUAAAUAAAGUCAUUUUUGCAUUUUAGGUAAACUAUCCAGCUAUCAGGGUGUCAGCGAGGGCUUUAAAUGUCAAUAACUAAAAUUUAGACCUUAAAACGAAUGUCUUAAAUACUUUUAAACAGGUCUUCACUUUCAUUUUUUUAUGUAAAGCUACCCAAUCGGUACAACCAACAAUCCAUCUAAAUAAUAAUAAUAAAAACAUUUUACAAAAGUAAAAAUUGAUUAACUACCAAAAUAUUGUCUUCCUUACAUCCUUACAAUAACAGUUAUUCAUGUAUUUACACAUAAAUGUAUGUUGUAAAUAAAUUUAGCUUAUUGUAGUUUUUAAAGAAAAGCUUUGGUAAUAAAUAUUUAUAUAACUA